AUGGUCGAGACACCUGAUCUGAACGAGCUACCAGAGGCAGAAGUUCGGAGGCGGCUUGCACAGCUCACGCGCAAAACAUCACUCCUACAAUAUCUCCGCUCUUGCCACACCCUUCUCUCCUUGCCCCUAGCAGUGAGAACACCAUCGAGAUCUACGAGAGGAAAGAUACCCGCUCCCCAAGGGAAAUUUUGUCCUGCACGUCUUCUCCAUUGGUCUGACUGUGCUUCUGCACAGCAGAGGAUCUUCGAUGACGUUUGUAGCUUUCUCCACCCAUCAAAUGAGCCACCCGAUGAGAUUUUCCCAACAGUCGAACAGCUUAAAGGGAUUGCAGAGUCUUUACAUACACCUCUGAGCAGCGAACGAGAUCUCGAAAGCUACGAGAGAUUCGCAGUUGAGAACCACGUGCGAAGAAUUAUUGGGGAGCUGUGCAAAAUCCCUGAAGCCCGCCAAAAAUUUCAUAUUGGGGAUGGAGUCAUGUUUGAGAGUCACAGCAAUGCUCUCGAAGAUGACCCUGCCAAUAACCCCUUCGAUCUAGAAUCGACUUCAAGUUCUCAGCCAAGACCCGAUCAGUUUUGCAUCCACCGCAGGGAUGAGAAGUAUACACUUCUCAUGACUGUGGAGUACAAACCGCCCCACAAGCUCACCGUGGAGAACCUCCGAGUUGGUCUCCAACCGCAAAUGGAUUUCUGGACUGGAGUUGUGCGAAAAAACAAAAUACCGACCGACCACGCAGAAAAAUUGAGAUACAACGCAGAGCAGAUCGUUGGAUCAGUUUUGACUCAGGAGUACCAUGCUAUGAUAUUUGAAGGCCUUGAGCUGUCCUAUGUGACUAUCGGAGUCGCACUUGUCCUCUUGCGUAUUCCACCCGAAGAUCCAUCCACGUUACUCUAUUUUCUAUGUGAGCCCAAUAUGGAAAUCACGAUGGAAAGCGAGCAGCAGACAUAUCGAGAACCAAGGACAGCUAUUUCCCGGGUUCUGUGUUUGGCUUUGAUGAGCUGCCUCUCAACUCCUCGCGAUCAAGCAUGGCGACGUUCUGCAAUGGCUCAACUUCAGACCUGGGAAACUAGCUUUUCUCUUGUGCGAUCGAAGAUUCCAGAUGAGGAACUACAGCAGAUACCACCGGGCUCAGAAUACACCGGCUCGCCGAAAUCUGCCUCUGAAGGUUCAUUCUCCGAAUGGAUACCAUCAUCGCCACUACCGCCCACUCCCGCAAGGAGAACUCAACCUCAACGUCGAGCUACCUGUGCACCAUUUCCUUCCGACCAAGAGAUUGAACCUUCGGAUGACUCAGACUCCAGUCAAAAAUCAACUCAUGCCACACGAAAACGAAACCAUAGUCAGGUUGCCUCUUCGCCACCCGGAUUUCCAUCAGGGACAAGAGAUACUCUUCAUCAGAGUGGUGAAAGCAAGCAGAAUAACCCUGGCGCACAAGACCAUCAAUAUCGAUAUCAACAAGGGCUCUACUGCACGCAAAAAUGCUUACUCGGUCUCCAACACCAUGGUGUGCUAGAUGCUGGCUGCCCGAAUGUUUCCUUACACCGACAACAUAAGAACGAUACCCAACACCCUGUUUCUGCAGAGGGGUUAGUGCGCCAGCUCAACGAUCAGCUCCGCCAAACACUUGAUCACAAUUGUACACCACUUAGUGGGUGUGGGGAAUUCGGCUUUGGUGCGCCCUUUAAGAUUAUCUCUGCACAAUACGGCUAUACUCUACUUGGAAAAGGAACAACCAGCCGACUCUGGUCAACUGUUAAGAAGGAGGCUGAUGUGUAUCGCAUUUUGCAAAAGGCACAAGGCUCAUCAGUUCCUGUUUUCCUUGGCACUAUCGACCUCGCGAUGGGUUUUUGUCUACACGGCGCUGGUACGAUCCAACAUAUGCUGCUCAUGGCGUGGGGGGGCAUCCUUUAA